AUGUUGGAGGGUCUCGUGGCCGGGUUGCUUAACCGCUUCCUGGGCAUGUACGUUAAGGACUUUGACCCUACAAACCUCAAAGUUGGUAUCUGGUCUGGUGAUGUCAAGUUACGUGAUUUACAAUUGCGCCGCGAGGCUCUUGACCAGCUCAAGCUUCCCAUUAACGUCAUGCACGGACACUUGGGCGAACUUACACUAGUUAUCCCAUGGUCUAACCUUCGCGGUGCUCCCGUCAAGGUGCUGAUAGAAGAUGUCUACCUACUCGCAAGCCCCAAGGAGGAGGCUGCCUAUGACGAAGCCGAAGAAGAAGAGCGCCGGCAGCGUGUCAAGAUGGAGAAGCUCGACAAUGCCGAGCUGCUAAAGGAGCGCAACAAGGAAGGCAUGAGCCAAGAAGAGCAACAGAAAAACCAAAGUUUUACGGAAAGUCUGGUAACCAAAAUUGUUGACAACCUGCAGGUCACAGUUAAGAAUAUCCAUAUUCGAUACGAAGACUCCAUCUCCGCGCCGGGACACCCUUUUGCUCUCGGUGUCACCUUGGAGGAGUUCAGUGCCGUAAGCACUGACGGCCAGUGGAAGCCGACAUUUAUUCAAGACUCAACCGACGUUACGCACAAACUUGCCAAGCUAGGCGCACUUGCAGUCUAUUGGAACACCGACACAGACUUAUUUGUGAACCCAGAUAGCGAAAAGGAACCUGCGGUCGAGCCAGAACAGAUGGUAACAAAGUUUAAACGCUUGGUUGGAAGAGCUCACACGACAUAUGCUGGCCAUCAGUUCAUUCUGAAGCCUGUCAAUGGGCAGGCGAAAAUUGAAAUGGACAAGACUGGCGAUAUAAAGGUACCCAAGUUUAAAGCGACGCUGCUAUUCGAAGAAAUCGGUCUUGUACUCGACGAUGAUCAGUAUCGCGAUGCGCUGAUGAUGGUCGAUCUGUUCCACUACUUCCUUCGACACCAAGAGUACAAGGCUCUUCAGCCCAAGGGAGUCACACCAAAGGAAGACCCCCGCGCAUGGUUACAGUUUGCUGGAAAAGCAGUAUUGGACAAGAUUCACGAGAAGAACCGCCGAUGGUCCUGGGACUACUUCCGUGAGCGACGUGAUGACCGUAUCAGAUAUAUUGAGCUGUUCAAAAAGAAGAAGCAACAACAGCAGCUUACGACCGAAGAAAACGACGACCUGAAGAAGCUUGAGUGGAAGCUCAACUACGAAGACCUACGUUUCUGGAGGUCAUUGGCAAGAAAUCAGCUAAAGAAAGAAAAUGCCGAAGCCCUGAAGAAGCAACCUCAACAAGAAGAGCAAGGUUGGGUGGCCUGGAUAUGGGGUACAAAGCCACAGGGAACCGUAGCCGAAAACGAAGAAAACACCCAGAUGACUGAAGAACAGCGAAAGGAGCUGUACGAUAUGAUUGACUGGGAUGAGAAGACGGCACUCACAGAAUCAAUCGAUGUCCCUCGCGAAGCGGUCAAGUUCUGUCUCGAGGCAUCUCUCAGCACUGGAAGUUUCACGCUGAAAAAAAGCCCCAAUGACAAUCCAGUUGAUCUGCUCAGCCUACACUUUGAUGUGCUCAAGGCCAAGGCGUUACAGAGAAAGGACUCGACCUUGCUUAAUAUCAGCCUGGGAGGUCUCCGUGUAAAUGACGGAACUACACCCAACAGUCUGUACCCCGAAAUUGUUCACGUCAAGGAUGCGCCAACUGUUAAGAAACCAAAGAGGCUCUCUCUUCUAGAGCUUGAAAAGACCGAAGAGGAGCCGUUCUUCUUCUUCGAGAUCGAGAAGGACCCCUUGGAGAAAGAAGGUGACAUCGCUGUCGUUGCUAAGCUAAAACCCCUUGAGGUUGUAUGGAACCCCAACUUCAUUGUUGGCAUCGUUGAUUUCUUCCGGCCACCGGAGCGGCAUAUGGAUUCCAUUAAUGCUCUAAUGGAGACUGCUGGAGCUACUGUCGAAGGCAUUCGAGAGCAGACACGCGCCGGUCUUCAGUUUGCUCUUGAUGAGCAUAAAACAAUUAAUGCCGAGCUAGAUCUACAAGCUCCGCUCAUUAUCGUUCCUGUCAGCAUUACGACUGAAGAUGCCACCUGUCUUAUUGUUGAUGCUGGUCAUAUCCACGUCCAGAGUGAACUUGUGGAUAGAAGCACAUACAAGGAAAUGAAAUCCAAGCAGCAACAACUGGAUAGUGCUGCUGACUUAAAGAGGCUAGAGUCUGCCAUGUAUGAUCGAUUUCUGGUUAAGCUUACCUCGACACAAGUUCUCAUAGGUCCAACUAUUGAAGAGACGAAGUCGCAUCUUGUGGUUGCGGAUGGUUUCUCCCCGUACCACGUUGUUGAGCAAAUCAAUGUUGAUUUCGUCGUAGAAAUCUCCAUUUUGCCAAAGGCACCCAACCUCACUAAACUCAAGGUAUCUGGCCACUUACCAUUGCUUCACGCCAUGUUUUCAGACUCCAAGUACAAGAGUCUUAUGCGGGUGAUUGAUGCCGCCAUACCAAAGCUCGACGACGACGCACCGCCGCCAUUACCAGCACCAGAGCCAAGCAAAGAAUCCGCCAAACCCCGUCCUUCAAGCGCUGUAUCAGAGAAAUCACGCCGAAAGUCGAUAAAAUCGCGUCGACGGUCAAGCGCUCACCAAGUCUUGCAACCGAGCACGGCCGUUAUACUCGAAGACUUGGAUGAUGACGAGGAGGAAGAUUUUGAGGAUGCCGUUGACGGUGCCGACAACGAACACCUAAAAAUUCAGCAAAGGAUGUUCCAGUUCAACUUUACAGUUGAUUCUCUCAAGGGCUCAUUAUUCCGAAGUGACCCAGAGAGAAAGAAGCCCGAUGUACUGCUUGUUGAGCUUGUUGCUGAGCGAUUCGACCUCGAAUUCUACACACGGCCCUACGACAUGGUAGCAAAUGUGUCCCUUGGCGCUGUGACAGUGGAUGAUUUUGUCGACCAGACUUCACCAGAGUUCAAAGCUAUCAUUUCAUCAGGUGAUAGCGAAGAUCUUAAAGCUGGACGUAGCUUGGUAAGCGUCAAGUUCACCAAAGUAAAACCGUCAUCCCCUGAAUUCAUGCCAGUCUACGAAGGCGUGGAAACGAAUAUUGUCGCUGCUGUUUCUACCAUCAACGUUGUCGUUACCCGCAAGACCCUCUUAACGCUACUAGACUUUAUCUUGAUCACCUUUACGAAUAACAACGAGGAGCAAACAGAUGCCGUUGCACUCCAAGAGGCUACACCAGACGACAGUAGCGAGGACACUGAUAUUGAAGCCAAGCAGAAUGCUCAAGCAGGAUCCAUCAGAGUCAAGGUUGACCUGAAGAGUAUUCGCCUUAUUCUGAAUAACGAUGGCAUCCGUUUAGCCACCCUAUCAUUCAAUAAGGCAGACGCCGGAAUUUUCCUCCGAGGAAAGACAAUGAGAAUAUCAGCAAAGCUUGGCGACCUGCAGCUCUUAGACGACGUCAAUCUUGGCGUCUCCGAAGAAUCAAACUUGCGAAAGCUGGUUACCAUCCAGGGCGAUGACCUAGCCGACUUCCGAUACGAAACAUUUGAUCCAUCCAACUCGAAGGCUUACCCUGGCUAUGAUAGUUCGAUUUAUUUGCGAGCUGGAUCCGUUAAGCUCAACUUUGUUGAAGAGCCAUUCCGCAAGAUUGUCGAUUUCUUGGUGAAGUUUGGCAAAAUGCAGGCUAUUUAUAAUGCGGCUCGCCAGGCUGCGGUCACAAGAGCAAACCAAAUCCAACAAAGCCCGAGCAAGAUCAAGUUUGAUGUUGUCGUAAAUACCCCUAUUGUCGUCUUCCCCAGACUUGUCAUUCCUGGCCAACCCAAGCGCGACGUCAUUACCGCCUACUUGGGUGAAAUAUAUGCAGAGAACAAAUUUGCACCCCUAGAUGACAGCGAAAACGCCACGAUCGCGAUGAUGAUGUCGGCAGGCAUUCGAAAUAUUCGCCUGACUUCAGAUUUCCACUAUCCUGACAAUCGAUCAGAGGAGCUGGAGAUGAUUGAUCAUGUUGAUCUCGGAUUCAAUAUCACCUAUGCAGAGCAUAAGCCAGGAACCAAGCGCCCUGACACCGAAAUUGAAGGUUCGAUUUCUGAUAUCAAGUUGCGUCUAACCCAGUACCAGCUCAAAUUUCUUAUGGAGAUCUCAAGAGCCGUACCAGCUGCGUUCGCCGGAGAUGGCAGCGAUCCAGACGAGGAAGCUGCGCGUUUAGUUGGCGAGGAAACUCUCCAAAAAGCUCAAAAUCCACCAGCCAUCAUGCCAAACGAAGAGCCGUUAGUCGAUCUUGGCCCUGAGCUGUCAUCCAUUGAAUCCACCUGGGCCAAGCUAGAUUUGACCUUCAAAGUUAACACCAUUGGUCUUGAGCUGAUUACAGCUGAUGAUGAAGAGCCUGUUGGUGACAUGGACGCCUGCAGCUUAUCACGCUUCUCGCUGGACGAGACCAAGGUCAAGACACGCAUGCUCUCAGAUGGCUCGUUGGAAGCGGAGCUAUUGAUAAGAGCCUUUUCCAUCUUCGAUACGAGACCUCGCGAGACCAACAAGUUCCGCCGCAUCAUGACAUCCUCCAACAAAGACGCACAGCAGCUAAUGGCAAGUAUCACAAUGUCUGGUGGACGAGAACGCAACUUGAUUGCAAUGGCAACCAUUGACAGUCCUCGCGUUAUUUUCGCCUUGGAUUACUUGUUUGCCAUCCAGAAGUUUAUUACGGAGGGUCUAAGUGUGGAUGACUCUAGUCCAAUGGAUGAUGAAAGCAUCGGAGAGAUAAUUGAUGAAUCAGACGCCGAUUCGAUGCAAGUGUCCAAUACCGAUGGACGUGUUACUCCAGGCCAAUCCGUCAUUUCAACGAAGGCUUCGGAUUCGGAUGAUAAGGUGCAAGCAAACAAAAAUACCGCGCCCACUAUGAAUAUCGCGUUCCGUGUCAACCUCGUCGAUGCUCAGGUUAUUCUUAUUGCCAACCCGCUCAGCACGAGUUCUGAAGCUGUUGUUUUGGGAAUUCGACAAGUGCUCUUGGCUAAACAACAUGCUUUGACUUUCCAAGUCUCUCAGAUUGGCAUGUUUCUCUGCAGAAUGGAUAAGUUCGAUUCGUCUAGGCUGCGCAUUAUUGAUGACUUUUCCAUCCAAUUGAAUAUGGACGUGUCAAAGGUUGCUUGCACAAGCAUUCACAUUGAUAUAGAACCGCUUAUUCUCAGACUCUCCUUACGAGAUAUUCUUCUUGUCCUACAAAUUAUCAGCAAGGCUUCAGAAUUAUCUGGUGGAGAUAACCAAACAGCCGCUGAAACCCCAGCUGAAAUGAAGGCUCGCCAAUUACGGAAAGCCGGUCUGAAGCAGAGAGCGGCUAGUGGUAGAACCUCUACCAUGGGCAAGACUAAGGCAAAGACUAUUGCUAAGACCAUUACCAAGCCACCUCCUGCCGCUGCAGCUCAAACACAGCUCGCAUCUCACGAAGAGCUCUCUGCCACCAUUCAAGGUGUCCGAAUCGUCCUUAUUGGCGAUUUGCAUGAAUUGCCAAUUCUGGAUAUUGGUAUCAAGGAGUUCACUGCUACAGCUGAAAACUGGACGUCGAAUCUGAAGGCAGACGCAGCCAUUGACAUGUACUCGAGUGUCUACAACUUCUCCAAGUCCAGCUGGGAACCCCUCGUUGAACCUUGGCAGGUCGGCCUUGGUGUUGCCAGAGAAGCUUCUACUGGUCUUCUUUCUAUCGAUCUGGCUUCCAAAAAGACUUUUGAUAUCACCAUUACCACUGCUACCAUCGCAUUGGCCUCCAAGUCUUUCACUUUCCUGACAACUGAGCAAGACGUCCUAAGCAAGCCUAGAGGCGCUGAAGCCCCCUACCGAAUCCGCAAUUACACUGGCUUCGACGUGUCUAUGAAGUCCAAGAGCCCCGCUAGUGACGAACCACUGUCUCUGCGCAUAGAGGACGGAAAAGAAGGUCCAUGGAGUUUUGAGCAUUGGGAAAAGAUGCGUGAAAACCUUCUCACCGAGUCUCAACAGAACAAUGUAGUUAUUGAACUUGAGGGAAGCGGUUUCGAUGCUGUCAAGAAUGUACAGCUGAACCGAGAAGGCGAGUUCUUGUAUGGACUCAAGCCCAAGGCCGAUAAUGUGCUCCAUAGACUCUGUGUUGAGGUCACUCUUGGAGAAGACAAUGUCAAGUAUGUGACACUGCGUUCACCACUGGUUAUUGAGAACGCCACGGAAAUCCCAGUGGAGCUCGGAGUAUAUGAUGCACAAGAUGGACACCUGCUCAAGAUUGAGAAGAUUGCUCCCGGCGACUCACGACCUGUUCCUGUCGGAGCAGCAUUCGAGAAGCGAGCUCUAGUACGACCAGACAGCGGCUUCGGCUACCGAUGGAGCAACGACCAGCUCUGGUGGAAAGAUUUGUUGCGAUAUCCUUCGAAGCAGAUUGUCUGCAAGGGCGAAAACGGCGAUCCAUUUUACUUCCAAGCCCAUGCUGAGUUUGACAAGUCGAACCCGAUGACAAGAAGCUAUCCUUUUAUGAAGAUUAAGCUGUCGGCACCCGUCACGAUUGAAAAUCUGUUGCCAUACGAUUUCAAGUACCGCAUUUAUGAUAAGAAUGCCAAGAAGGAUUGGUCAAACUUCCUACGCAAAGGAGGUGUCAGCCCUGUCCACGUUGUUGAGCUUUCACACCUGCUGCUCUUGAGCGUUGAUAUGCAAGAUACCGUCUUCAAGGCCAGUGAUUUCGCAAUUAUCAACCCCGGAAACAAUGAAGACUUCCGCAAAGAAAGCAGGGUUACGGUUAAGGAUGAGCAAGGACUGCCCUUACACUUGAGCCUGCACUACUUCAAGGUUCCAAACAGUGGCGGCGCUUUCCGCGUUACUGUUUACAGUCCCUAUGUUGUUCUGAAUAAGACAGGGUUGGAUCUCAAUGUCAAGGCAAAGAGCUUUUUGCAACAAGCCCGUGCUGCUGCCGGCCAGGCUCCGCGAGUCGAUACGUCUGAUCGUGAGCGACCAAAGGCACUGCCUUUCAUGUUUUCUUUUGGAAAUGAUGACAACCGAAACCGUGCCCUGUUGAGAGUCUCAGAUUCGGAAUGGAGCAGGCCCCAGAGUUUCGAUGCCAUUGGAAGCACUUCAGAGGUUAUCUUGAAUUCGCUACGCGAUAACACCGAAAUCCACGUUGGAAUCAGUGUCAACUCUGGUGAAGGUAAAUACAAGAUGACCAAGGUUGUUACCUUGGCGCCACGCUUUGUCAUUGCAAACAAGCUUGGUGAAGAGAUUCAUAUUCGCGAGUCCAGCGCCCCUGGCUAUAUGACGCUGAGCGGUGGUGCUCUGCGACCUCUUCACUUUAUGCAAAAGACAUCGGUUAAGCAGCUUUGUCUGUGCUACGCUGGAGUAGAUAACCACUGGACUUCGCCAUUCAACAUUGCUGAUAUUGGAACUACACAUGUCAAGAUUGCAAAGGCUGGCCAGCGACAAAGACUUGUGCGUGUUGAAAUUCUGAUGGAAGAGUCUACCGUUUUCAUCAACUUGAGCAUCGAGACAAAGAACUGGCCGUUUUCCAUGCGCAACGAAAGUGACACCGAGUUCACCUUCUACCAAGCCAACCCGAACAACGAUGAAGACGAUGUUGAAGACCGCAGUGGCUGGAGACCUAUCCGAUACCGCCUACCACCAAGAAGUAUCAUGCCGUAUGCGUGGGACUUCCCUGCCGCAAAAUUCCGAGAGAUUGUUAUCGCGACGAGUGGUAAAGAGCGCCAUGUGAAGCUAGCGGAGAUUGGUAACCAGAUCCCGAUGAAGUUUUUCAAUGCAAACGGACAGCAAAAGAUUAUCGACAUCAACGUGGCAGCAGAUGGGCCCAGUCAAACCUUGAUCCUCAGCAAUUUCCGAGCCAGCCAGAGUAUCUACAAGGCUAAGAACCUUUCACGAAGCCAAACUGGUUUGGAGGCCUUUGAGGUCAAGGACCAGGAUACGGGAGCAACCUUCCGAGCGCAGCUGAAGCUGUCUGGUAUCGGAAUUUCUCUCAUCAACUCGCAGCUGAAGGAGUUGGCAUACGUCACCUUUAGAGACUUGCAGCUACGCUACAGCGACUCGCCUCUGAUUCAAACGGUAUCUUUGGCCGUUAACUGGAUUCAGAUUGAUAAUCAACUGUAUGGCGGCAUUUUCCCCAUGGUCCUGUAUCCUAGUGUGGUUCCCAAGAGAGCACAGGAACUUGACUCUCACCCGUCUGUUCACGCUAUGAUUAGUCGAGUCAAGGACGAUUCAUUCGGUGUCAUCUACAUCAAAUACGCAUCGAUUCUCAUUCAACAAAUGACAAUUGAGCUUGAUGAAGACUUUGUGUUUGCUCUGCUUGAUUUUAGCAAUGUGCCUGGCGCCAGCUGGACCAUGGUGGACGAAGAUGGAAAGCUGUGUGAUGAGAACCUGGAUAUCCCUGAACCCAAACAAACCUUGAGCGGACAAGACAUUUACUUUGAGGUGUUGAAUAUUCAGCCUAUGCAGGUCGAUCUCAGCUUCAUGAGAACAGAGCGUGUCAACGCAGAAGAUAAGGCCACGACGCGAAACCCGCUCAUGUUCGUUAUGAACGUGCUGACAAUGGCCAUUGGAAAUGUCAAUGACGCACCUAUUCGAUUCAACGCCUUGAUACUGGACAAUGUCCGUGUCACCACGCAAGUCCUGGUUCAAAACAUCACAAACCACUAUAGCCAGGAGGUCAUGUACCAGAUUCACAAGAUCCUGGGCUCAGCCGACUUCUUGGGUAACCCCGUGGGUCUGUUCAACAAUAUCUCGUCAGGAGUGACGGAUAUUUUCUACGAACCGUACCAGGGUCUGAUUCUAUCAGAUAAGCCGGAAGAAUUUGGUCUCGGCAUUGCCAAGGGUGCCGCCUCGUUUGCCAAGAAGACCGUCUUUGGUGUAAGCGACAGUUUCUCCAAAUUCACUGGCAGUCUCAGCAAAGGUCUCGCUGCUGCAUCUCUUGAUAAGCAGUUCCAGGACCGACGUCGCAUUAGUAGAGCGCGUAAUAGACCCAAGCACGCCUUGUAUGGCGUAACUGCCGGCGCCAACAGUUUGUUCACCAGCGUGGCGUCCGGUGUUGGUGGUUUGGCCCGGAAGCCGCUGGAGGGUGCAGAGCAAGAAGGCGCCCUCGGUUUCUUCAAGGGUGUUGGUAAAGGUGUUUUGGGAUUGGCCACCAAGCCAGCAGUUGGUGUUUUGGACAUGGCAAGCAACCUAAGCGAGGGUAUCCGCAACACGACGACCGUCUUUGACGGCGCCGAACUCGACCGCACUCGAUACCCGCGAUUUGUGCCCAGUGACGGCAUUGUUCGUCCUUAUAAUCCUCGCGAAGCCAUUGGCCAAUACUGGCUCAAACAAGUAGACAACGGCAAGUACUUUGACGAACAGUACAUUGGCCAUCUUGAGCUACCGCGCGAGGACAUGGUGGUCAUGGUGACGUAUGCUCGUAUUCUGCUUAUUCGCUCCAAGCGACUUACAAGCCAGUGGGAUGUGCCUCUAAAGGACGUCCAGACCAUUGCCAAGGAGCGAACGGGCGUCAGCCUGUCUCUUAGAGGGGGCGAGAAUGGACCGUUUAUCCCGGUUGGGGCAGAGGGCGAGCGCAACUUUUUGUAUAGAAUGUUUGGUGUCGCCGUGGAGGAGUAUAAUCGCCGUUUUAGGGGAGGCGAAUAA